AUGCCUAAUGCAUCUCCCGCUGUCAUAAAAGAAAUUCAAAAUUUCCUUCCGGGAAAGAAAUGCUCCCUAGAUAUCACUUUUUCCGACUUUAUCAAGGUUGUUAUUGGCUUCUCCGGAAAUCCACCAAUGUAUGACCAUUUCUGCCCGUCUUCCAACUGGAUAACGUAUGUACCUCUCAUUUGCCAUGCCAAUGACUUGUACAUAAUUAAGCAAGAGACAUUUUCUAGAGAUGUUGACCAUGUUCUAAGGUCUAUUGAUAUUGAAUCAAAGACAUACAACACUAUACGUGGUGCUCUCUUCGAGAACAAAGCAGAUAUUUAUCUCCCUGGUCUGAUUGAAUCCUACUAUGAAACUAAAGUUAAACGUCUCCUCAGACAAAAUCCAUGUGCAAAUGCGAAAAAUUUGUCAAGAAGACUUUGGUCAGCUCUCCAGAUUCAAGGGUACAUUCCAAAGCGUUGUGGUUUUCCAAUGGAGAAGUUUCAACCUAAAGACUUACUAGAAGACAAGAGCUUCAUGUUAAAAUUGGUAAUGGAUACUGUGCGUGAAAACCCGAUGACUGAGGACGAGAGACGAUCACAGCGGGCUGCUGCGUUGCAUAAAGCAUUUGACAGCAUUGACGAACAGGCAAAACAGAAGCUUGUGAGCAUGUACCGAAUGGAUUUUACUCUAUUUGACUAUGAUACCAACAUCCCAUAG